UUGUAUUUUAGGUGGCGCCUAUCAUUUAAAAUUUGUAUACUUUUCAACUACGAACAAAAUUUUACCUUCUACCGAAUCUCCCAACUUCAACACCUCUCGCCCAUUACCGUUUGUGCUUUGGUAAGGCUUACGCCGUGAGGAAAAGAGCUCGCCUACGCCUAUAUACGGCAUGGCGACUACAGCGGAUGAAUCAGCUGAAUACAUACCCGGCGUCGACGAUGAUGAUUCCGAAGAUGGCUCGUUUGAAGAGCUUGAAGGAGAUGAAGAUGCGGAUGAACGGCCGAAUCGUUGGCGCGGGCCUAAAUCUACUUGGCAACAUUUCAAUGCCGAGGAGAUUGAUACCAUGGCUGCGCUGAGGGAGAUACGCGAUCGCGAUUUGGCGGUGCAUUUAUAUGAUGCAUUUGCGCUGAGGCGGAGAGCGUUGCUCAGUGAGCGUGAAGGAGGAGGGAUGGAGGGGCCGGUUAUUGGGAAGGACAUCGACGCCACCACGGGUCUUCCUGUGCAACAUGACAAUUGGCUCCCGCCGCAAUCAUGGACUGCGUGGCCCAUGCGCGUGGAUAGGGUCCCGCCGCCACACGAGCCUGUGAGGAGUAUGGUGCACGAUCCAGAUGAAAGGUUUACAUUUAAGAAAGCCGUGCGCGAUAUACCGAGCUCGGUUUUAGAAGAAAUUAUCGGUGCGCAGAUACUGAAGACCGCGAAGGAGAAAUUUAAUGCUAGGCCUUGGGCUACGGCGAGUGUGUCUGAUGAGGAUGUGGAGGAAGAAGAAGAAGAUGAAGACGAAGAUGAGGACUACGAGGAUGAGACAGAUGUUUCCGCGUCUGCUGGGAGUAGCAGAAGAAGAUCUAGGUCGAAAGGUGGCAGGUCGAGAUCAAGAUCUAAAUCUAUCAAGCCCGAGGACAUGGGCGAAAAUGAGGGGACGGAUGAUCUCGACAAGCCGCUUAAGAAGCCUCGCUUGAAGCCGGCGGUCUCGACCGACGACGAUUUAUCCUAUAACCUCUUGCGCCCAUCCGUACGGCAUAUUCUUACUCAGCUAGACACAACCUUUACGAUCCUCCAUAACGUACAGGAAUCAAUGCUGAACUAUCAGUCCGACUCAGCUGAUUCGGAAGCAUCCGAUUCUUCUCAUCGUAGUCGUAGGCCAUCGUCUCAGGCUGGUUCGCGGGGGCGAGGUCGGCCUUCGGGGCCAUCCGCCCAAACUCGGUUAAGAGCGAGGGAUGCGUCUGUGCCACUGGUAGAAGAUUCGACGAUGAUUGAUGGCGAAGGCAAGGCGGCUGUGAAGCGAAAACCCGGAAGACCUCCUAAAGCACGGCCCCGACUCGAUGGGGAGACCGACAAAGAAUACGCAAUACGCAUUGCUCGAUUGCGUAAACGACGACUCCCCGUAUUCGACGACAACGAAAACCCGAAUACUGCAUCCGAAUCUCAGCCCGAACCAGAAACAGAGGACCCAGGAAGGGAUAGUGGUAACUCCGGCGACGGCGAAGAAACCACCGGUCCCAAUCGUGGGAGAUCAAUCCGUCGGAAACGAAAAUUUAGAGCAGACAACCGUUCCACGUCUCGGACUUCGUCUAUUUCGAACGUAGGCACGCAGAGACGUAGAUCAUCACAACAACGUUUCGGACUUCGCGACUGGAGGGACGUACUCGGUGCCGCGGCACUCGCUGGAUUCCCCGCCCCAGUGUUAGAUCGCGCAGCGAGGCGAUGCGCAGAUUUAUUCGGGCAGAGUAUGACGCUACAUAGACUAGUCGAGGGGCCUGCUACGUCUAGUCGAAAGACGCCGUCGGGUAAAGUGACAACGUACGUACCUGGGAUGCCGUAUCCACCGUUGCUUGAAGAGGAAGACGAAGAGGAAGGGGCACAACAAAGAUCUAUGAUACUACCUUUGCGUGCGACAAGCGCCGCGAUAUCGGAAAAUGAAACGGGCCCGUCGAGAAGAGGUAGACGCUCACGAAGUGUAUCGAGACCUCGUAGUAGAUCUGGGUCCGUGGGUGCGUCACAUGUAUGCUUUUUCGGCGAUUGUCCUAGAGCCGCGGAAGGCUUUACGAGACGGCAGAAUUUGCUACGGCAUUUAAAAUUAGUGCAUGGAUGGACGCCGUCCGAGAGUUCUAGUGGGGGAGGCGAAGAGGCGCUAUUACUCGCAAAUGAAGUGGAUAGCGAAGAUGAGAUGUAUGGCGCCGUUCACGUCGAUGGGUUCUUGCGGCCGAUUAGGAUGCGGCAGGGAUGGAGAGGCCGAGAUGUUUCGGUGGAGCCGCGGAGAAGAAGAAGCAAGUAUGGAAAAGAACGUGAACACGGGAGGAUAAAACUGAGGGAUGCAGAACGAGCUGGGACAGAUGGUGAUGAUGCAGAUGAGGAGGGAGAUAUGAGGAUGGGUGAUGAGUAAAUGCCUAUAUAUAGGGACAUUAAAUUGGUGGGCAUGACCUUCCCGCUAUAUUCCUAUCCCCCCCCCCCCUCUUGUA